AUGGCUAAGAAUACGAAACUGUACGAUAUUUUAGAAGUUAAUACUACGGCCACCGAACAAGAAAUUAAGAAGGCGUACAGGAAAAAGGCGUUAAAACACCAUCCAGAUAAGAACAACCAUAGUGCAGAAUCAAUUAAAUUGUUCCAGGAUAUUAGCCAUGCGUACGAAACGUUGAGUAAUAGUAACAAGAGGGAGUUGUACGAUCAGUAUGGUACAGUAGACGAGGGAGAAAUUAGUGAGAUAAUAGCGAAGCAAAACAUGGGAAAUACUGGUAGUAACGGUAAUUCUCAUCCGUUCAGUGCCCAUACCGCAGGUGAUUUGUUUGCGCAGUUUUUUGGGGGUCGCGGGUCCAGCGGCACUGGUGCUAGCGGAUUCGGUUUCAUGAGAGGAAUGGUAAAUGGACCUUUCCAGAGUUUUUCUCAUGAUUUCAACAUGAACUCGAUGGCAGAUUUUGAGGACGAUGGUUCUCACGAAAUGGCAUCGGGUCCUGGGAUUCGUCAUAAUUUGAAGUGCAAUUUAUACGACCUAUUCCAUGGGAAACGUGCUAAAUUAGCUCUAAAUAGAACCAGAUUGUGCCAACGGUGCCAAGGAUAUGGUGGUAAGAAGGCUACUCAAUGUAGAGGAUGCCAGGGUACAGGAUUAUUUACUACAACAAAGAGAAUGGGUCCGAUGGUUCAAACGUGGCAAACAACGUGUAAAGAAUGCAGUGGAACAGGAAAGUACAUUAGGAGUAAAGAUGCAUGCACAGAAUGUUCUGGAAACGGGUUCAUAAAAGAAAGGAAAUUUUUCGAUGUCGAAGUGUUGCCUGGUAUGCGUAACGGUAAUGAGAUCAUACUACCCGGUGAAGCCGACGAAGUUAUAAAUACGGAAUACGGUAAGGAACGUGUUAUCCCAGGUGAUGUCAUAAUCACCAUCCAACUAACCAGGAAUGAAGAAAGUAAUAUGAGGUACAAGUACUUGGUACAUGAUCACGAUCUCAUAUUGGAUAACUUUGAAGUGGACUUAAAGACAAGUUUAUGUGGUGGGACCAUUAUUAUUGAAGACCAUCCAAGUGGGAACCCAUUCAAGAUUGAGGUAUUGAGUGGUGAAUUGUUGAAACCUGGUUGUAUCAAAUGUGUUGAAAAUAAAGGUAUGCCUGUUGACAGUAAUGGCAAUUUCGGAAAUUUAUACAUCAGAUUCCGUGUGAAGUUCCCAGAACAGUUGAAAUCUGAUACAAUCAAUAAACUCUCUGAAAUCCUUGUUCAAGAUGAAAAUAUAUCCAGUAUUCUCAGUGACAGUAUUAACAAUAAGAGCUACAAGAUAAAUUCUUCAGAUAUCGCAGAAGAGCAAGUCUUGAGUACCUUCACCACUGAAGAUCUACAAUCGAAAUUCAAAAAUGCUAAGAGGGAUUCACCUAAUAAACGAAAACACGCUGAUCGUGAUGGUCCUCAUUACAACACAACAUACGACUACGAUUAUAACCCAACAGAAUCAUGUCACAUGAACUGA